CGCCAUGGUCUUGAGUUUAUUCAUACCCUACCAUUUAAGGAGUACACACAUCAUAGCCUUGGACCAUUGAACCUUGCUACAGGCAGUCUCUGAAGCCAGACCUGGGACCAAUGACGUAUAUUGCUUAUGGAACAACCCAAGAGCUUGGGCGUGGAGAUUCUGUAACCAAGCUGCACUGUGACAUGUCUGAUGUGGUGAAUAUUCUGACACAUAAUGCCAAAGUGUCCAUUACACAUGACCAGCAAAGAGAAAUUGACAAGUUGAAACUGAAGCACUAUGCUCAAGACCAAAGAGAGAUAUUUAGAGUCAACCAAGCUUACCAAAGUGCUGAAAAAGACUUGCAUGCUGGUUCGUCUAGUAACGGAGUUGGUAAAAAGCAUGGUAGUGUUGAAUCAUCCGGUCUCCCUCAACAGGAUAACUAUGGUGUGGAUGCUGGGUUAGUCAAGCCUGAAUCUCCAAGGGUAUCUGAGAAAACCAGUAAAGACUCAAAUAUAGUUGAUGGUUGCAUCAUUGGUAAUGCUGGAACAUCUUCAAGUUCUCACAAGGCACUUUAAGGAAUUCAGGCACAUUCAUUGCAAUCCAGUGCCUCAGGUGGUCCACCCUAUUCAUGACCAGACAAUGUAUUUGAGUUUAGAGCACAAAAGAAAAUUGAAAGAGGAAUAUGGUAUUGAACCAUGGACAUUUGUUCAAAAACUUGGAGAUGCUGUGUUUAUUCCUGCAGGGUGUCCAUAUCAAGUGAGAAAUCUGAAGUCCUGUAUAAAGGUUGCCCUUAGUUUUGUCUCACCUGAGAAUGUAGGGGAUUUUAUUCGAUUGACAGAGGAGUUCUGCCUCCUCCCCCCAAACCAUGAGGUUAAGGAUGACAAUAAACUGGAGGUGAAGAAGAUGAUACUAUAUGCUAUCAAUCAGGCUUUGGAAGUUUUGGGUAUUAGAAGUUUUGGGCAUUCAAAUAUGAAUACAAAGCAAAGACACGAAGAUCAGCGAAAUCCAAGAAAUCCAGAAAAUAGCUGUACUCAAGACUCUAUCUAG